CAAAUUAUCAAGAGACAGUGCCACAAGACGUUGGCAAAUAAGAGAAUUAAUUUCGGAAACAAUUGUCCUCAUGUUACCAAAAAGUAAAAAAAAAUUAGUAGUGGUUAAUCAAUCGAAAAAUGUGCAUCCGAAAGAUAAAGCGAAUUUUCUUUCACAUUUUCUCUUUUGGUGGCAAAUACCGUUAGUGAUAAAAAACUGGAGAAACCAAGUCAAAGAAGACGAAUAUGUAGUUGUUACAAGAGAGCACGAGUCGAAAAAGUUGGGAGACCAAGUAGAAAAAUUUUGGAAUGAGGAACAGAUUUCAGGGAAAAAGGCUUCCCUUAUAAGAGCGUUGUUUAAGAGUUUCGGAACUGAAUUUAUCCUGUGUGGUCUAAUUUACUUUCCAUUUGACAUGGCAUCUACUGUACUUCAACCACUAUAUCUAGGACAACUCCUAAACUAUUUUAUUGUGAACGAAACACCUGUCACCAAGGAGCAAGCAUAUUUCUAUGGAUUUAUGAUAGUAGUAUCUAUUUUGAUUCGAGUACUAAGUUUUCAGUACUUUAUCAUGGUCACUUUCUCCAUUGGUUUGAAAGUACGCACGGCCUGUUCGUCAUUAAUUUACAGGAAACUUCUAAGUUUGAAAAAAGCCACCAUCCAAAAGGCUACUUUGGGCCAUGUUAUAAAUUUGCUGUCCAAUGAUGUGGAUAAAUUCGACAGAGCGUUUUGUUACAUUCAUACGAUCUGGAGUGGAACUUUGAAAGUAAUUAUUGCAUCCUAUUUCCUCUACAUAUGGUUUGGAUACCAAGGUCUCGCAGGAACAGGAAUACUUACCAUAUUUUUGUUACUACAAUUCUACAUUUUCAAGAUAACCGCAUCCGCUAGAAUGAAUGUAGCUCUGAAAACCGACCAUCGAAUACGCAUCAUGAAUGAUAUAGUUGCUGGUAUUCGAGCUGUCAAAAUGUACACUUGGGAGUCUUCGUUUGCAAAUUUAAUAAACGCAGCUAGAAAAUCAGAACUAAAAUACAUUGCUCAGUCGAACAACAUUCAAAACACAAGCUUCACCUUAGUGUCGUAUGUGCACAAGUUGUGUGUUUAUGUGUUCAUCCUAGCAGUCGUACUUUCUGGAUCUUCACUAACUCCACAUAAAGUUUUCCUAUCGAUAAACAUCUACGAUUUGCUGCGACAAACUCUUCAGUACACCAGCGCCGGAAUCAGCCAGAUGUCAGAAAUAAAAACUUCUUUUCUAAGAAUUCAGGAGUUCCUAUUUUUGGAUGCCCACCAAGAAACCAAAGAAACUAUUCGUUUGGAGAGUGAACUGAAAGUACCACAACGAGUACUUCUGAAAAAUGUAGAUGCCAAAUGGGACUUGUCACUGACGUCUACAGCUUUGAGCGAUGUUAACUUUGAACUAAACGAAGGCGAAAUUGUUUCUGUUAUUGGUACUGCUGGUAGCGGAAAAUCUACAUUGCUUCAAGUUAUAUUGAAAGAGCUUUCAGUUGUUAGUGGAACUCUAUACACAGAGGGCUCCAUAUCGUACGCAUCCCAAGAACCGUGGAUAUUUCCAGCCACAAUCAGGCAAAACAUUAUAUUCAGUGAAGUACCCAACGAAACGAAAUAUCGCAAGGUUAUAAAAGCCUGCGCUUUGGAGCGCGACAUUUCUCUUUUUACUUAUGGCGACAAUACGUUAGUUGGAGAGAGAGGAGUGAUGCUCAGUGGAGGUCAAAAAGCUAGAGUCAAUUUGGCUAGAGCGAUUUACAAAGAUGCUGAUAUUUACUUGCUUGAUGAUCCUCUAUCGGCUGUUGAUAAGUCCGUCGCAAAUUAUAUCUUCACUAAAUGCUUCCUAGAGUACUUACAAGGAAAGAGUGUCGUACUGGUGACUCACCAGAUACAGUUUCUUAGGAACAUGGACAAAAUAUACAUUCUGGAAGAAGGAAAAGUAGCUUCUUGUGGAAAAUAUGACGAACUGGAAAUACUAAUGGGGCAAUCUGUUCAAAAAUAUGAAAGAAGGCGAUUAGACGUCGAUGAAGAAAAGUUUCUAGAAACUGGUCACUUAGAAUUUGAGAUUAAAGAAGACAGUGGAAAUUCAAACAUUAACAGAUACAAAACCUACUGUUUAGCAACUGGACACUGGAUCUUCAUGGUCAUACAAAUUCUGCUUUUCGUUUCAAACCAGAUUUUUAUAAAUGGCUCGGACGUUUUCCUCUCAUUCUGGGUCAAUCUCAGACAAGAAGGAACUACUAGUUCUACAAUAUCAAAAUAUUUAACAGACAUAAAUUGCCUGUAUAUAUACACAGUGAUAGUGUUUUUUUUGAUAUUCUUGUUUCAAUUAAGUACGUGGACAUUUGUAAUUUUCGGUAAAAGGGCUUCAGCCAACCUACACGAUUCAUUUUUCCGUAGAAUUUUAAACGGUUCUAUGAAGUUCUUCGAUUGUCACUCUUCAGGAAGAAUUCUAAAUAGAUUUUCAAGAGACAUGGGAAUAAUUGAUGAGCUUAUCCCUAGGAAUAUGUAUUACAUGCUAAAACAAGGUAUCACUGUGUUAGGAGUUUGUGUUGUUGUGGUUGGUGUAAAUUAUUGGAUUAUAAUUCCAACUAUAAUUCUGAAAUUAUUAUUUUAUUUACACCUGUUGGCAUUCCAUUCAGCUUUAAAUCACUUCAAAAGAAUGUCUUCAACCAGAAGGAGUCCAAUAUUUACUCAUGUUUCCGCUAGUAUACAGGGUUUAACGACAAUCAAAGCACUAAAAGCUGAGCAGCAAUCUUUAUCCAAGUUUGACGAGUACCAGAAUUUUUACAAUUCAGUUGAGUACAUUCAGCGCGCUUUAUAUUUCGCCUACGCUUACUGGGUAGAUUUUACUUGCUGUUUAUACUCAACUGUAGUCAUUUUCUAUCAACUAAUUCUCGUACAAGAUCCUUUAGUUGGAAACGUUGGUUUAUCUAUCACGCAGUCACUUUUACUACUUGGAUGCGCUCAAUACGCUCUAAAGUUAUAUGGUGAACUCGACUCCCAAAUGACCUCCGUGGAACGCGUCGUUGAGUACCCAGAUCUGACACCCGAAGAAAACAAAGGUGACUUCGUCCCUCAACCAUCAUGGCCCAGUCAAGGCUGCAUUAAACUAGAUUCGGUUUCGAUGCAGUAUUCCGUAGACAAACCCUACGUGCUUAAACGUGUUAACCUGGAUAUCAAAUCUGGCGAAAAAGUCGGUAUUAUAGGCAGAACUGGUUCCGGAAAGUCGUCCCUAAUUUCUAUCAUUUUCCGAUUAUACGAGUUUGAAGGAACAGUUAUCGUCGACAAUGUGGACAUAAAAUCAGUCCCACUUAAUGUUCUGCGGUCCAGGAUAUCGGUUAUCCCUCAAGAUCCUGUCUUCUUUUUGGGUACUUUACGGAAAAAUUUAGACCCCUUCGAUGAGUUUGAUGAUCAGCAGUUGUGGAGUUGCUUAGAAGAUGUCAAUCUUAAGCUGCUAGUGGCAAAUUUACCGUUAGGACUGGAGAGCCCUGUUUUAGAAGGUGGUGCGAAUUUUAGUGUCGGACAGAGGCAAAUGCUGUGUUUAGUUAGAGCUAUGUUAAAGAAUUCGAAAAUUGUGGUUCUUGAUGAAGCUACAGCUAAUGUUGAUUUAGAAAGUGAUAGUUUUAUUCAGACUACGAUUAGGAGGAGGUUUAAAAAUUCGACGGUACUAACGAUUGCGCAUAGAUUAGAUUCUGUUAUGGAUUCAGAUAAGAUUGUUGUGAUGGAUGCAGGUGUUGUUGUAGAGUUUGGCACCAGGGAAGAGCUUUUACAAAAUCCGCAUGGAUACUUUUACAAAUAUGUCAAUAAUCCAUAGAUUCUACUUUUUAGUUGUGAUUAU